AUGUUGCAUCCGGCCAAGUCGGGCCAACAUCGGCCAUCACAUCGUCCGCAACAGGACAGACCGGGCGGACAGGAGCAACAAGAGCUGACGCAGGCGGCGCCGAACGGACCGAUGCUGAGCGGCGGUGAAGGUGGUACCGCCAGCGGGACUCGGCCGGCCAGUCCGCCCCUUCUCUCGCCCUAUUCGUCGCCGACACAUCCGGCUCACUCGCAUCUACAGGCCCCGGCAACUCGUGGGCUGCCGCCGUCGGCCGGUCAGACUGGCCAAUUCCAACUGCUCGCCUACCCGUCGGAGGGAUUCACGCAUCCUUCGUCGCUUCUGCCGCCCUCGAUGCAUCAGUUGCCGACCAGCGGACCCGGCUACAGCAUGACCGGUCAACAGUUGGCACCGCUGUUGCACACGCAUCAUCUGUCCAACGAGGCACAAUCACAUUUGACCACCACCUCCACCAACACGACUCAGCAACAACUUCAGUCGUCGUCGGGUCAUCUUCACCAUCACACGAUGGCCAGUAACUUCACGGCCGCCGCUGCCGCAGUUGCCACGGCCGCCGCCGUAGUCGCGGCCUCCAAUUCCACGGCCUCUUCUGCCCCGAACGGACCGGCUGUAUUGCCGACGCAACCGCAAGCCCAGCAUCACUAUCCUCAGCAAUUGCAUCCACAAAUGACGACCAACAUCGGCACUGGCAACAGUCUCUUGAGCUCCGGCCUACUGGCGGAGGAGCACUCUUCCUCCCUACUCACCAGGUCAGCGCUACUUCUCGGAAAUCUUCUCCCAUCCUCUAGACGACAGUAG